CAAAGAACAUAAAGACUAUAUUUUAUUGACUGACAGUUUAUCUAAUUUGACAGCCCUGAGAUGCCUAAAUUUCCAUUCUCCCAAAAGUGCCCUUUUUGUGGCCCGCGUUAUAUUUGAUGCCUUAAAGACAUGUUCCUCGUUAGAACUGAUAUACACUCCUGCCCACGUGGGAAUUGCAGAAAAUGAACGGGCUGAUGAUUUAGCUAAGCAAGCGUUAACUUCUUCAAAUAUUUGUGACUGGAUCUCGCCCGAAGACGCUUGUUCAAUUUAUACUAAAAUCGUACGACAUAAACAAGAUUUAGAAUGGGAAAAUUCUAAAUACUAUGAAAAAUACAAAUGGCUUGUUUCUUUCAAUCUUAAAAAACUUAAGUUAUCUAGACGUAAUGAGGUUUUAAUAUUACGAUUAAUAUCUAGGACUCUUCCAGUAAAUGCAGUUCUUCAUAAAUGUAGGCUCAUUGAAUCACCAAAUUGUGCCCAUUGCCAGAUUCCAGAAACUUGUGAACAUUUUGUUCUUUCUUGCAGUAGAUACGAGUCAGCGAGAAAUUCUCUCCGUGCUAAGUUGGGUUGUGUUCCACUCUCUUUUGACUGGAUUUGUGAUUUCUCCGUACAGGGUCGUGAUAAAGUGAAGGCUAUGUUGGCUUUCUUUGUGGCUUCUGACAGAUUUUAAAAAAUUUUUGUGAUAUUCGAGUUUUGAUUUUUGUGAACCCGGCACAAGCUAAGAAUCCGUUCAGGAGCAUACGCCGGAAAACAAACCUCAUUCCUUCCUUCCUUUGAAUUAGGUUAUUGCUAACUUUUUUUCGAAAAAAGUUCGAAAAGCACAAAAAUGUAGCUUUUGAUAGUUAUACAUUGGCAGUUAUAGUUAUUAAUUUGAUGUGAGCUGUAUCGUGGCAGUUACUUGAACUGAUUUUUUUUUUCAAAAAUUCCCGUUUAAUUAUUAUUUUUCAUUUAUAUGUUAAGUUAAAAUUCUUCUCUUAGUUUCUGAUUUGUGUUUAUUAAUUUACAAACAUCAUUUUAUUUAUAAAAAUUAUUUGUUUUGCAGUUGUGAACAAAAAUAGAUCAUUAAUUUUUAUUUCUAUUAUUUAAUUGUACAAGAAUUUUAAAUAUGUUAACCCAAACAAUAAAACUUGUUAAGUUGAAAGGCAAGACCGGAACAAUCGUUAGAGAACAUUAUCUAAGGGAUGAUAUUCCAUGCUACAGUCCUCUUUGUAAAAAUUGCCCAUCAAAUAAUAUAGGUUCAAAAAAUAUCCAGCUUGCUGAAAAUGCCACACAUUAUGCCAUUCCUUGCUAUGACAUUGUUCAGAAUUAUUUAGAGUUGCUGGAAUUCCAAGAAUUGAAGGGCCUUAUCAUUUUGCAAACCAUUGCUUCAAAGACUGUUCAAAGUUCUGGUGUUCGUACUUUCAAUCGUCUUCUAAAUAUCUGUAAAGAUAUCCGCCGUGGCAGUAUUAUUUUUCUUAAUGAAAAUUGUCAAAAGUCAUAUGUUCCAAGAAAAAUAUCAGAAUCCCUUGAAGAAUGGUUUAAUAAAUGUUGUGCACAAGCAGCAAACUUCUAUGCUGAACAUUUAAAAGGGACUAUUCCCAUUAUUUUGAUAUCAGAAAAUGUUGAGGCUUAUAAACCUCUGGUGCAACAUGAAUCUAUUAAAGUAUAUUCUAUGAGAGAAUAUUUGGAAAAUAUGUGGAAAGAUGUUGAAUCAAUUCUGCCUCUUUUUGAAUCCUUGCAUCUAGCACUUUCUACUGGAACAGUAAAAGAUUUGUCAAAAUCGUAUGACAAUCAUUUAUCAGCUGAUGUAUUAGAAGCAGGCAUCAAAGCUGGUCGUUAUUUCAGAGGCUAUUUAAGAGUGAAUAAGCAUAAUGCUUCUGAGGAGGCUUUUGUAACUACAUCCAAAACAGCCUUAAAAGAUGUGGGAGAUAUUUUUAUCAGUGGUAUGGUUGAUAGAAAUCGAGCUAUUCAUGGUGAUGAAGUAGUUGUAGAGCUGCUGCCUGAAAAUCAGUGGAAAUCCAGGUGUUUGAAGUUGGUGGAUAAUACAAAUGACUCAAAAGCUUCUGAUGAUAAUGAUGAUGAAAACCAAGCUUCAUCACUUAUACUUCCCACUGGCAAAGUUGUUGGAGUCCUUGAAAGAUGCUGGAGAAAUUAUGUGGCUACAUUGCCUGAAGAAGAUGUUACCAAUCCAACAUUCAAAAGUAAAGAAAGAAUACUUGCUGUCCCUUACGAUUAUCGCAUACCCAAAAUACGUAUAGCAACCAAACGAGCCGAUGAUAUUCGUAAUAAAAGAAUUGUUGUUAGAAUUGAUGGUUGGGAGAAAGAAUCACAGUACCCAAAUGGACACUUUGUUCAAUCUUUGGGUGAGAUUGGUGACCUUGAAACUGAAAUCCAAUCCUUAUUAAUUGAGCAUGAUGUCUUUUUUCGAGAAUUCGCUCAAAAUUUGCUAAAUGAACUUCCCACCUGUACUGCAGAGAAUCCGUGGACUUUAGAUUCAGAUCAAAUAUCUAAACGUCGAGACCUUCGUGACUCUCAUCUUAUAUUUAGCAUUGAUCCAAAAGGCUGUGAAGAUGUAGAUGAUGCCUUAUCAGUCAGAGUAUUACCUGGUGGCAAAUUAGAAUUGGGGGUCCAUAUAGCAGAUGUCACCCAUUUUGUUCAAGAGUUAUCAGUGGUUGAUCUUGAGGCCAGGAGUAGAUCCACAUCUGUAUAUUUGCCUGAUCGCCGAUAUGAUAUGCUUCCUCAUGUGCUGAGUGGUAAUUUGUGCUCAUUGUUAGGAAAUGUAGAUCGUUAUUCUGUAAGUGUUUUAUGGAAACUUGAUUCAAAAUGCAAAGUGCAGGAUGUGUGGUAUGGAAGAACAAUAAUCAAGUCAAAAUAUAAACUUUGUUAUGAGGCUGCUCAAGAUAUAUUGUAUGGAUCAACUGUUGAGAAUAUGCUUGCAGAUAUUCCAGAGCUGCAGGGACUUGAUGACUGUGAAUUAAAUAUGAGAUUUCAGGAGUUGAAGGAUUCAUUGUGGAAACUGUAUCACAUAGCUAAUGUCAUUAGACGAGAAAGACUGGGUGCUGGAGGAUUGGAACUGAACAGUAUUAACAUGAAAUUUGAAAUUGAUCGAAAUCUUCCAUCAGCUGUAACUGAUGUAAAAUCUGCCAAGGAAUUAGCAAUUCAUAAAACAGUAGCUGAAUGUAUGAUUUUUGCUAAUCAUUGGGUUGCUAAGAAGAUAAAUGAUGUAUAUCCUUCCCAAGCUGUACUUCGACGACAUCCUAAUCCAAGAGAAGCCGAUUUAGUUGAACUCCAGAAAUUGGCCAAAUCUAAAGGCUUUAGUCUUAAUAUCCAUUCAAAUAAAGAGCUUGCUGCAUCUUUAGAAAAGGCUGUUGACUUUCAUGAUCCUAGUAUAAAUCAGAUUUUUCGCAUUUUAGCUACUCAAACUAUGAAUCAGGCUACAUACUGCUGCACUGGCUGUUACAGCUUACCAGAAUUGUAUCAUUAUGGUCUAGGACUUGACCGAUAUACACAUUUUACUUCACCAAUUCGGAGAUAUGCUGAUAUUUUAGUUCACAGACUUCUACUUGCAGCUGUUAAAGAAACAGAUUCUAAUCUUAGCAUGGAUUCAACAGAAAUAGAAAAAUUAUGUAAUCAUAUGAAUAUCAGGCAUAGAGCUGCUCAAGAUUUGGAAAAAGAUGCUCAACAACUUUUCCUCACUUUCUACUUUGAAGAAUUAAGUGGGCAAGAAAACUCAUCUCCUUGCCUUGUUGAUGCCAUUAUCUAUGCCUUAAGAGCCAAUGGACUUCUGGUAUUCAUUCCCAAGUAUGGCAUCAAGGGUGCCGUGUGUUUAUGUAAUAAAGAUCGAAAAGUGGCUGUUGUCCAAGAUGCUAUUGAAUGGGUGGAUGGUCAUCUGACUAACGCUGAAUCUUGUUUAACUGUUUGUGCUGGUGGAAUCUUGCAACAGUAUCGAAUUUUUGACCAUAUUACAGUAUGUGUAAAAGUUCAAAAAUCAAGAUCUCAUCUAAACAGAAUUGUGCUUGAACUGGUUGAUAAUAAACCAUAUUCAAAGGAUUGGAAUGAAAUAAUAAAAGAAAAAUUCGAUCUGUCUUCUCUGAGGGAAAAUAAAGAUGAAGAACUUGAAACCAAAGCAACUGAAAAUGUUAAACCAGUACCUGAGAAAACUGAAGAAUUUAAUAUGUAUUUAUUUCUACAAAAAAUUCGAGCCUUAACACUCAGUGAAUAAUGAAUUAUUUUGGUAAUGUAAAUAAGAUUUGUAUAAAUUGCAUUUUACUAUUUUUUAUGUAUAUAUGUAUGUAUUUUAUGUGGUUUUUUUUACAAUACAUAAAAGAUAGAUGUUUUU